CUCACUAAAGUCUGAGCGCGUGCUUGGAUCUGCUAGAGUCAAACAAACGCUCUCUCGUCUCUAUAACGGAGAAGAGAUCGGAUCAUACUGCAGAUCGGACAUAAUGGCUACAAUGCUGAGCAAAGAAUUGCCGGAUAUCGAGAGUAUUCUCGCCUUGAACCCAAGGGUGAAGAUCCAUGCAAAUCUACAUUCCACUGCCUCUAAGAAGAAUGAGAAGAAGCACUGGAAGAGAAACCCAGAGAGGAACUGUGAUUCUUGUGUGAAUUUGGAGAACAACUUCGAUGACAUCAAGCACACGACUUUGAGCGAGCGUGGGGCACUUCGGGAAGCACUGAGAUGCCUGAAAUGUGCAGAUGCUCCUUGCCAGAAAAGCUGCCCCACCAAUUUGGAUAUCAAGUCUUUCAUCACCAGCAUUUCCAACAAGAACUACUACGGUGCUGCCAAGGCAAUCCUGUCUGAUAACCCUCUGGGUUUGACCUGUGGCAUGGUGUGUCCCACCUCUGAUCUGUGUGUGGGGGGCUGCAACCUCUAUGCCUCUGAGGAAGGUCCCAUCAAUAUUGGUGGGCUGCAGCAGUUUGCUACUGAG